UUUAUGGUGUUUAUAAACGUAUCCAUAACCAAAUGAGGAUGUACUUCUUAAGGUAUGCUUUUAUUGUAAACUUAAUAUCUAUUAUUAAAGCUGUAGAAUUCAGUCACAAUCCUCAAGAUCAUGUAGUUAUCGAAGGCACCACUGUAAAAUUGACAUGUGUCCUUGAAGAGGUGGUUUCUGACCGUUCCUUGUCUUGGUUACGGAAUAGACAAAAAAUAACAGAAGGCCGAAAUAUAUUGGAAUCUAGUCAACUUCUUUAUCGUGAUGUAAUAACUAAUAUUUCACCAUUAUCGGGAAAAUCUACGUUUUAUGAACUUGAGAUUCGUAGCGUAUUGUACAGUGAUUCAGGAAAAUACGCAUGCGCAGUGGAUCGAAAUGGAAUCGAAGUAAAAUCAGAAGCCGCGGAUCUCACAGUCAAUCAACUGCCAGACCCAAUUUACCCAAUUUGUGAUCCAAUAGGCAAUCCUAUUAGCGAAGGAAAUCGUGUGAAAUUGAAAUGUACAGGUGAUAUUAUUGACCCACCCAUCAAGUUACGAUUAUCAAAAUAUAUGACAGAUAUCAAAACCGAUACCGAAGUAUUGCUUUAUCAGCAGACAACGCCUAUUAUGCAUUCAAUUAUAGCUAAUGCUAGUGAUAAUAACGCUAUAUUCACUUGUCAACUAACAACACCAGCUAACCAAAGCAUUAUAAGAAACUGUAGCUUUGGACCAUUGAAUGUAUGGUAUAAACCUAACAUCACUAUUCAACAUGCAGCUACGACGCUAUCAGGAAGGGAAGCUAUUUUUAUUUGUCAAACCAAUGCAAACCCACCAGUAACGGACUUUAUGUGGCAAUUUUAUCCGCCUUUAAGUAUUGAUCGUUAUGAUGUUGAUGAUAUUGGACAAGUUAUGCGCAUUCUACGUGUUACCAUUGACGACAAUGGAUUGAUUGUAAAAUGUACAGCAAGGAAUACUGUGGGUCGGGUGGCAUAUCACGUGACUAUAAAAGUAAUUGACACUGAUAAUGGGAGUAUAAACAAACCAAAAACCAACGCAAUUGAAUCAACGAAUAAUAAACAAUCUAAAAAGAAAAGUAUUUCUUUAUCGGUUUUACUUGCUGUUGUAUCUGUAUUGGUUCUUGUAAUUGUAUUUGCUAUCAUUAUUCCUGUUUAUUAUUUCUGUAUUUGUUCGAAGAAAGAGGAAAAUGUUGUAGGUCAACCAGAUGUUUACUUUGAGCCUCAAGAUCGUCUGACAUUACCUUUACCAAAUAAAAGACACUCCGUGUUAUGGAGACGAUCAUUUGGCGCCCAAGUUCCAACAGAUAGAGACGUGGAUGCCAUGUAUCUGGAGAUCCAGAGUGAUCACUACAUUUUCACACCAGACAGCAGGUGCAAUACUCUUCCCUGAAUUGUAAUCAAUGGAUUAGUCAAAGGUUUU